AUGGAUGUUAGGAAAUACCUCGACUAUGCAGUUACUGCGCUGCUAUACUCCGCAGCAGGCCUCACUGGGCUAGUGGCAAACAUAAUAUACAAAGAAUACAAACGAUUGCAAGAUGAUUCAGCACGAUCUCAAUUGGAGUCUAGUAACGGCGGCUUAGUACUCAUCGGCUUGAAUACAAAGAAAAUUAUUCAACCGUCACGGACCGGUGCAAGCUCGGGUGCUGGCCGCGAUGUAAGUUUAGUGAACUGUGUGGUCGAUAGCGAUUUUUGGAGACGAGUAAAAGAUUCAAUAUACCGAAUUAUAGCACAACUAUACACGGGAAAAACAGCGAUUCAACGUGCAACAGAGCAAUUAGCUGUUGAUCAAGCUCGUGCUUUGACAAGAGUCAGUCCACAGAAUCUGCAAUUCGAAGACGAAGUUCCUGGUAAACGCUACUUGCACGAUGAGAGUACUAUAAAUGCGCUGAGUGAGAGGUAUAUGAAGAGGUUAUCAAGUCGGAAGGCGAGCGCGCAGCGCAUCUAA